AUGGACACAGACACAGGCAUGCACCAAAACCAACACAACAACCACCUCCACAACCAGCACAACAACCACCUACACAACCAGCACAGCAACCACCUCCACAACCAACAGUUCAAAACCCUGCACAACAACAACCACAAACAGAACAAGGACAUAAAAGAAGUAGAGAACAAGGAAACCAAGAAUUCUUAA